CAAACCGCAAAUUCCAUGAUUCUCACGAGCUUCAAGACCGCUGCCAUCCAGGAAGUUCGCAAAAUAAACGUUAAUUUGCUGUUGCGAAACAGGCAGACAGAGUUGCCAGUUGAAGAAGUCGUAGCUAGACUACUUGAACAUUAAGGAAACGACGACGUCAUGCAGCCCUCUAAAGACGUCUGUUGGUCCUUGACAAUCUGGAUGGUCCACCUUGCCUUCAUGGUUCUCACUGUUCAAGGUCAAGACUGCUCCAAACCCAUACCGUUAGAAGGGUCAAACAUGGUUCUUAAAUCAACUCAAGAGACAUUUGGAGAUGGAACAAAAGCAACUUUUGAGUGUGCAAUUGGAUAUGUCAGUGCAGGAGGGUCUCCAUCAGUCACCUGUACUGCUGGCGUGUGGAGUACAGUGAAACUGACAUGCGAAUUACGGCCGUGUGGCUCACCAGGAGAAGUGCUAAACGGCCGAUAUAAUCUCUCGGGGGUUCUGUUUGGCGCCAGGGCUGUUGCUUUUUGUGACACUGGCUAUACACUUGUGGGCAGCGGUGUAAGGAACUGUUUGGUUGGAGGCUGGGAUGGCAGAGUUCCUGUAUGUGAAGUGGUGAAGUGUGGAAAGCCCCCCACCAUUGUCAACGGUGGACCUGUUAUCCCACCUGAAGACGAGUACAGCUAUAGAAGUGUUGUGGAAUAUAGCUGUGAGAAGGAAUUCACUCUGGUUGGAACUAAAUCCAUAGUCUGUGAAAAGGACGGGGAAUUCCAGCCAGCUCCACCUGAGUGUAAAAUGGUUUCAUGUCCUGCUCCUGUUGUUGAGAAUGGCGUUAGGAUUCAAGGUCGUUCGCCACCCUACAAGCACAAGUCUUUUGUGACGUAUAAGUGCAACGAUGGAUAUGAGAUGAUGGGAGAGGCCAGUCUGACAUGUGAAAUAGAAGGCUGGUCAGCUUCUAUUCCCACAUGCAAAGCCCUUCCGACUACAACAAAGCCCCCUACUACUACUACUACUACUACUACUACUACCACAACAGCUACUACCACAACAGCUACUACCACUGCUACAAAUAAAACCACAAACCAAGAUCGCGUACCCGGUCCCCCGGAGGCCAAAAACCACACUUGGAUAAUAUUAGGGAGUGUUCUAGCUGUACUUGUCGUUGUUUCUCUUAUACUAUUUAUAAUCUACAAAUAUAAAGCACGCUCUCAAGUUGGAUACUCAGGAAAUGUGGCCACUAAUAUCUCUGAAGACAGAGAGUUGUAGCACCCUUGGCCAUGUACCAAGUCUUCUGAUUUGCUUUAGUCUCCUCUUGCAUCCUUGAGAAGGGAGUCACAGUGAACAGGCUGCUGUGAUUCAAUGUACUACCCUCCUGCUUAUGAAUGUACUAGCCCCUCCCAAACACCGGGUUCAUAUCCUUUCAAAGGAAGUUCUAUUACGUGAUGUUUAGAAACCCCAUGAUGAAGAAUGAAUCGGUUCACUCUCAUUUGGAAGCUUGUGCUUAAUGAGUGGCCAAACCUGAUUAUUCAAUAACUAUUCAUGUUUCCAAUGUACUUCACAAAACUCUUUAUCUGAGCCUGCUUUAUCUCAUUGCCAACAUUCUUAGUUACAAUUCUCCCCUUUAGGGCAACCCUGCAUCACAAAGCCAGAUUUGUACCCUUUGAAAUAAAGAAUUUGAAGGAAAUCAUAUUUAUUCAAAUGUCCAACAAGAUUCCCCUGUGUAUUUAUUUGGAUAGUGAAGCUAAAACUUAAAAAUGUGGCUCUAUACUGAAAAACAGCUUGUAUCUCAAGGCCAUCAGACUGCUGAUCAGCCAACAACCAUCUCCUGUAGUUAGAGUAGUAAGUAGUACUCCUGGAGUAAGUAAGAGACAAAGAAAACACACAAAGGUAAACCUUUUUAGAUAAAACUAUACUAAAUAUAUUCACGUCAUGCAAUUAUUUAUAUAAACGCACUGUUUUGCAAUGAAGGUCUACAGAAGCCUCAACACAAUGGUGUAGCCUGAGGACUACUACUUUCCGUCCUCUGGGUACAUUGACUUCAAUACAAAACCUAGGAGGCUCAUGGUUCUCACCCCCUUUCAUAGACUUACACAGUAAUUAUGACAACUUCCAGAGGAUGUCAACCAACCUCAGUUCAUGCUGCAAGAGCUCUGAUAUGUUGUCCACCCAAUCAAAGGAUCAGAAGGAAUCUAGUACUGAAAGCAUAAGCUACAACUGCAGUGCAUAAAAUGUGGUGAGUAGACUCAGAGAGAGAGAGAGAGACAAUAGUUGAACAGUUUUAAACAAAUGAAUUUCUUUAAAAAUGAAGGAGAAGCAAAAGAGCAAGAGCUAGCUCUUUCAUUGUUUUUUUUGUGUGUGUGUGUCCCCCUGCUUACUUAGCUAAUUUAACCUACUCAAACGCCUGGCUGAAACAGUGAGGGAUGCUAUGUUAGUUAGCUGGCUAUGGCUACCCAACACUAGAACUCUUCCAAUGUAAGCUUUAGGUUUUAUAAAUAUAUUGCCCUCGGGCCUGUCGGUGUAAGUGCUAAACUGCUUGCUGACUACAUUGUACUGGAUGAUUGUAGCGGCUUUACUAACGCGUUAUUUCUAAUAACUAUGUUGACUAUGACUAGCUAAUAUGGUGACAACGAAGGAGGCUGUGUGUAGCGGUUAGCUGUUAUGAUAUGACGGUUUGGCUUAGAAAGUUUUUUUUUGCCUGGUCACAGACAGCUGAUGUCCACACGUGAAGGAAAAAGGUGAGAGGAGGAGAGUGCGUAGAUGCGAGAAAGAAUUAUACAAUGAUCAAAGGGUUCAUGCUGUUUGUAUGUGGCGGCUAUGAAAAUGAACUGUUUGCUUGUGAUCAGGUCUAUUCAUUCUGGCAAUUCUGUUUAAAAAAAAUUCUAAAACAGAAGCAAACUGAAAAAAAUGGGAAUAAACAUACCUGAAUUUGUUAAGUAUAAACUAUUUUGCAACUGUUGGACUAAUGAUCACAUCCUAGAUCAGCUAGAUGCAGGCAAGAGUGUGCAAAGCGGUAUGUAUCAAUGUCUGUCACCUUGAUUACUCCAAAUCUCUCUUGACCUGUGCGCCUACUUUGUAAACUUACAUUCAUAGACUAGGUUGUAGCAACCUAAUGAUGGGAAUAGGGGAACAUUUUGGAUCAUGUAGUAGCCUAAACCUAUCGAUGUUAUAUUGAGCUAGGUGAAUGGAAUAUGAAUGACAGUCAUCCAAUAUGUUGUAAUCGAAAUAAGAACAUGCUCACACAUUUAUAAAAAAUAAAAAAAACGCCACUGAUACACACACACACAGCCAACGCUGCUGCCCCAUGUAUAUAGAGACAUUAAACACUGGAACAUUUAUUUUAUACUGUUUUCACCCUGUGUGUUCAUAUACUGUAUUCUUCACAUUGCUCAAUCUAAUAGAUCUACUACUGUGCGUUGCAUGUUAUUGUAUUUAUCAACUGAAUUCUUGACAUAAGUUCACUAAUAAAUCUACUGCUGUACAUGUACAUUCUUCGUGUGUAGAUAUAUCUUGGUUUAUAUACACAGAUUGUAUUUGGAUUACUGAUAGUGUUAUUUGGGUUGUUAGCUGGAUUCAUCCUGUCAUUUGUGAUUUCUUGUUUCAAAUUUUUUCUUAUUUGUGUACUUACAUGACAUUUUUUACAGCACUGUUAGGAGCCAGUAACAAGCAUUUUGAUGUACCUGCGAUAACAUCUGCUAAACUGUGUAUGCGACCAAUAAACUUGGAUUUGAUCUA